AUGUGGAUUUUUAGACAUGAAAAGAAAUCUGAUGGCACUUUUGAGAGGCAUAAAGCCCGUCUUCUAGGUGAUGACAUGUCUAAAAAAGUUGGAGUUGUCUGUGACAAGACUUUUAGCUUGGUUGUUAAACCGACCACUAUUCGUACUGUUUUGAGCAUUACAUUAUCGAAAUCUUGGGCCAUUCAUCAGUUAGAUGUUAAAAAUGCAUUUCUUCAUGAAAUCUAUGGUCUUAAGCAAGCCCCUCGAGCUUGGUAUCAACGGCUUGCAGAUUAUGUGGCCACUAUUGGUUUUUCUCAAAGUACGUCUGAUCAUUCAUUGUUCAUCUACAAAAAUGGGUUUGACAUUGCUUGUAUUUUAUUAUAUGCUGAUGAUAUAAUUCUCACGGCCUCCUCCGAUGCUCUUCAAUUAUCUAUCAUGUCUCUUCUCAAUUACGAGUUCGCAAUGAAGGAUUUGGGACAGUUGAGUUAUUUUCUGGGUAUUGCAGUAACUCAAACUACACAUGGAAUUUUUCUUUCACAGACAAAAUAUGCAGAAGAAAUACUUGAAAUAGCAGGUAUGAAAGGUUGCAAGCCAUGUCCCACUCCUGUUGACACGAAGGGGAAAUUCAGUGUUUCUGCUGGCAAGCCUUAUGAGGACCCAACAAAAUAUCGUCGUCUAGCAGGUGCUUUGCAAUAUCUUACUUUUACCAGGCCAGAUAUCUCAUAUGCAGUUCAACAGGUAUGCUUACAUAUGCAUGAUCCGAAAGUCGAGCACAUGGAUGCUCUCAAGCGUUUCCUUCGCUAUGUUCACGGAAUGAUUAAUUAUGGUUUGCAUCUGUAUAAGUCUAAACUUGACUCCCUCCUUUCUUAUACGGAUGAUGAUUGGGGUGGAUGUCCUGAUACUCGUCGCUCCACCUCUAGUUGUUGUCUAUUCAUCGGUGACAACCUGAUUUCAUGGUCCUCUAAACGGCAACCCACAUUGUCUAAGUCAAGUGCUGAAGCUGAAUAUUGA